AUGAAAGCCCAAAAAGGCACCAUCAACAGCAUCACCGACGUCUCCACCGCCGACACGAAAUGGGUCGCUCUGCGCCAAAUCUCCUGGACGGACCAAAGCAACAGGUCACGCACCUGGGAAGUCGCUUCUCGCAAGACACGCGGCAGCGCCGGUGUCGAUGCGGUCGCCAUGGGAAACAUCAUACUCCAUCCUUCAAAGGAACCAACUACGAUUUUGGUGUUGCAGUAUAGACCGCCUAUCGAUGCCAUCUCGGUCGAGUGGCCGGCUGGGUUGGUGGAUGCGGAUGAGAAGGUCGAGGAUGCGGCUGUGAGGGAGCUGUACGAGGAGACUGGCUACAAGGGCAAGGUUGUUUCCGUGUCGCCGAUCGUAGCGGCGGAUCCGGGCAUGACGAGUGCGAAUAUGCAGUUGGCGAUGAUGGAGGUGCAAUUGAACGAGGGGGAUCAAGAGCCGGAGCAGCACCUUGAUGAGGGUGAACAUAUCGAAAGGGUGGUUGUGCCGAUCAAGGACUUGUAUGAGAGGUUGGUCGAGUACAGCAAUAUGGAGGGGUAUAUGGUCUCCGCUAAGCUCUUCCAUUGGGCUCAUGGUGUGCAUAUGGCGAAGAGCAAGAGCUACCUGUAG